AUGUCGAAAACAGCCCUUGUCAUCCGGGCCACUGGCUCCCAGGGGAAAGCCGUCGUCAAGCACCUGUCGAGAUCUGGAUGGAAUGUGCAUGCUUUCGUCUCAGACCCUUCCGCUGAACGCGCUGUUGCGCUCAAGAAGUUCGGCGAUGGAGUGUUCCUUCACAAAGGGAACCUCGGCGAUACCGCAUCAGUUAGCUCAGCUAUCAGAGGCUGCAACGCUGUGUUUCUGACUCAGAUGCCCUCUUGGAUGGAUGAUUCCGAAAGCCGCGAGGCACGCAUCUUGCUCGAUGCCGCCAAAAGCGCAGGAGUGCAACACAUAGCCGUGUCCACCCAGCUCGGUCUAAGCGACCCCAACGUCGAGCAAGUCUUUAGCAAUCCUAUGAUCGCUCCUGCAGUCACCGGAAAAAUCGCAGUCGAAAAGCUCGUCCGAGAGUCCGGUAUCCCCUGGACGGCAAUUCGCGGAGGAUGGUUCAACACCAACAUCACUCUCCCAGUUGUCGACAUGAUGUACCCCGGCCUCUCGGAGGGCAAGUUUGUCAGUAGUUAUAGGCCAGAUUUGCUCAUUUCUACAGUCGACCCUGACGACAUCGGCGCUUUCACUGCUCUCGUGUUCAACAAUAUUGAGAAGUACGCCGGUAGGCCGAUCAACGUCGUGAGCGAGAAUAUUACGGUUGCAGAUAUACUGUCUGAGAUCGAAAGAGCAUCAGGCAGAAAGCUUGACGUUCAUUACCGCACGCCAGAGGAGAAUGCAAAGGAAGCGGGGAAUCCUUUUGUGGUUGGGCAAAGACUUAUGGAGCAACUGGUCGGGUUAGCCGACAUGGACGAGAUCAAGAGUCAUGGGGUUCCGCUGACAACGUUCAGGCAGUUCUUGGAGAACAACAAAGAUACAGUUGUUCCGAGACAAGGGAAGUAG